AAAAAGAGCAUAACGCUGCCGCCGCUUUGGUGACAGUGACAGAAUAAAGCGUGUGUCGCGAAAAAAGCCUCCGAUUUCGUAUUAGAUGCGAUAUCACAUUGAUCACGUUGUUGGCAAAACGUUUUUAGUGAAAAUACAUUAUCGUGGUCUCGCUUUUUGAAACAGUUAAUUGCCGAGUUCGAGGUUUCUUGAGAUCGUGAACUUGGAAAAAGUUGAAGCGCCAGGCCAGCUGCAUUUUCAGUGUUCGAAAGAUUUGAAACAGCAGAACUUUUGUUUUUUUUUUUUUUUUCUAUAUUCUUACUAUUCAGAACACUUCCACUCUUUUUCUAGGCCCCGAAGUACAAUCGGUGCAUUCGAAAAAGCUGUUUUCUUCUUUACGGAAAUGUGAAACGCUGUGAAGAAUAAAAUUCAUACAUAAAGACUAUACGAACGUUUAUCUGAAGUUUGCCUAACCUCCAAAAUCGUAGCGAAGUGGCUGUUCCAACGAUCGACAAUUAAAAUUUAAUUUAUCGUUACAAAAUUUGUAAACAUGGAAGUUCAACGUCACUCAGUACAUACGUUGGUAUUUCGUUCGCUAAAACGAACGCACGAUAUGUUUUUAAUGGAUCAAAGUAAUUUACCGCCGAUCGAUAAUUCUCUGGAAAAAAUAAAAAAAGCGGUUAAAUCGAAAGAUUAUUACGGGCCGGUGCUCGAUCUCGUGAAACGGAAUAACAAUGCACGAAUGAGAAUUCAGAAUGAGGCUGCAGAGGAUCACCCACAAGAGGAAGCUUCACCUACAGAAAGCAACACAUCCGUUGUUGUUUACAACAAUACAAGUUCCAAUAGCGUAGUCACUUCGUCGAUGCCGCAGUCGAACGCAACGACAACUAAUUCCAUGGUGAUGGCACAGAAAAAGUCGCAUUCCAUUGCCAAACCAAAGUGGCAUGCACCAUGGAAACUUUAUAGAGUUAUUAGUGGGCAUCUGGGAUGGGUACGUUGUUGCGCAGUGGAGCCUGGAAAUGAGUGGUUUGCAACGGGUUCUGCAGACAGAGUGAUCAAAAUAUGGGAUAUGGCAAGUGGAAAACUCAAAGUAUCCCUCACCGGACACAUAAGUACCGUACGGGGGUUGGCAUUCUCACAAAGGCAUCCCUAUCUCUUUUCAUGCGGCGAAGAUCGUCAAGUCAAAUGUUGGGAUUUGGAGUACAACAAGGUGAUAAGACACUACCAUGGACACUUGUCUGCUGUUUAUUCCAUGGCUCUACAUCCUAAUAUAGACGUUUUAGUAACUGCCGGACGUGACUCGACCGCAAGAAUCUGGGAUAUGAGAACCAAAGCUAAUAUACAUACUUUGGUGGGCCACACGAACACGGUAGCUAGCGUUAUCUGUCAAGAGGUAGAGCCGCAAAUAAUAACAGGAAGCCAUGAUUGUACAAUACGUCUCUGGGACUUGGCAGCUGGCAAAUCAAGAGGAACCCUCACCAAUCAUAAAAAAAGUGUUCGAGCAGUCGUAUUUCAUCCUACGGUUUAUAUGUUUGCUUCUGCUUCUCCAGACAACAUCAAACAGUGGAAAGGUCCUGAAGGCAAAUUUAUUCAGAACUUGUCUGGACACAAUGCUAUUGUUAAUUGUCUGGGAGUCAACUCGGACGGAGUUCUCGUGUCAGGUGCAGACAAUGGCACGAUGUACCUCUGGGACUGGAGAACCGGGUACAAUUUCCAACGCCUCCAAGCCCCUGUUCAACCUGGCUCAAUGGAUAGCGAAGCUGGUAUUUUCAGCAUCACUUUUGACAUGUCCGGCACCAGAAUGAUCACCACUGAAGCCGAUAAAACUAUAAAAAUGUACAAGGAAGAUGAUGAAGCCAGUGAAGAAACUCAUCCUGUCAACUGGAAACCUGACAUCAUCAAGAGAAGAAAGUUCUAAUUCAAUCUCAAAAUUUCCAAUAAAAACCAGCCAAAAUCAAUGAGAAUUCCUCGUGUUCUAAUUUUUGUACAUAAAAAACCGACAUUUGCUGAAUAAAGUUUUUGUGUAAUUA